AUGCUUCUCUUAUUUCUCAUCAUCUUAAUCGGGCCGGGCUUUUCCAGCGGGACUUUGCAUGUGAAGAAUAUGGGUUCUGAAGUUUAUGAUAUUGACUAUAGAGGCCCAGAGACACAUACAUAUUUACCGCCACCGGAUCGGACCGGCCAGCGACCCAGGAUCCACCACCGGGCCAGCAAGGCCCAGCGGAAGUCCAAAAAAUCGGGAAAGAAAAUUGUGAGCUGA